GCUCCAGCCCUUAACCGGAGGGUCCCGCGCAGCGAGUGAGACGCGCGGAGACGGCGUACGUGCCCUGCGUGAGUGCGUGGUGGCGGCGCGUGCGCGAAACGAGUGGGCGGUGUGUCAGGAUCCACGUGCGUCUCUCCGCGACCCCCCGCGACUUAGCGCUGGGUGGUUCCAUGACCCCAAACACCCGGGCAUCCGUGGCCCUCCCUGAGCGGCCAGUCCCGCUUUCCGGCCCCGCAGUGCCCUCAGGCUCGGCCAGCAUCCACACAUCGCCAUGGUGACUGUGGGCAACUACUGCGAAGCCGAGGGACCCCUGGGUCCGGCCUGGGAGCAGAAUGGCUUGAGUCCCUGCUUCUUCUUCACGCUCGUGCCCUCGACCCUGAUGACCCUGGGGACUCUGGCCUUGGUGCUGGCUCUUCCCUGCAAGCGUCCGGAGCGAUCGUCCGGCCCCGACGCGCUGUUCUGGGCUGCCGGUCCUCGUGUCGCUCCUUACGUGCUGCAGCUGCUUCUGGCCACGCUUCAGGUGGCAUUGCCCUUGGCCAGCUUGGCUGGCCGGAUGGGCACCGCCCGGGGGGCCCCGCUGCCUGGCUACCUAUUGCUGGCCUCUGUGCUGGGGAGUCUGGCUAACGCCUGUGGCCUGUGGCUGCUCGUGAUGGAACGGAGCCAGGCACGGCAGAGUCUGGCGAUGGGUGUCUGGAUCAAGUCCAGACACAGCCCGGGUCUCCUGCUCCUCUGGACUGUGGCAUUUGCAGCGGAAAACUUGACCCUGGUGUCUUGGAACAGCCCACAGUGGUGGUGGGCCAGGGCAGACCUGGGCCAGCAGGUUCAGUUUGGCCUGUGGGUGCUUCGAUACCUCCUUUCUGGAGGACUUUUUGUCCUGGGGCUUUGGGCCCCGGGACUUGGUCCCCAGUCUUACACCUUACAGGUUCAUGAAGAGGACCAAAGUGUAGAAGGGAACCAGGAUGGUUCAACACAGCAGCGGUCUACAUGGCGAGAUCUUGGCAGGAAGCUCCGCCUACUAAGUGGCUAUCUGUGGCCUCGGAGAAGUCUAGCUCUGCAACUUGUUGUGCUUAUCUGCCUGGGGCUCAUGGGGUUGGACAGAGCGCUCAACGUGUUGGUUCCCAUCUUCUAUAGGGACAUUGUGAACUUGUUGACUGGGCAGGCCCCUUGGAGCUCCCUGGCCUGGACUGUUACCAUCUAUGUCUUCCUCAAGUUCCUCCAGGGGGGUGGCACUGGCAGUACAGGCUUUGUGAGCAACCUACGCACAUUCCUGUGGAUCCGGGUGCAGCAGUUCACAUCUCGGCAGGUGGAGCUGCGUCUCUUCACCCACCUGCAUGAGCUCUCACUACGCUGGCAUCUGGGCCGCCGAACAGGGGAGGUGCUGCGGAUUGUGGAUCGGGGCACAUCUAGUGUCACAGGGCUGCUCAGCUACCUGGUAUUCAACAUCAUCCCCACACUGGCUGACAUCAUCAUUGGCAUCAUCUACUUCAGCAUGUUCUUCAAUGCCUGGUUUGGCCUCAUAGUGUUCCUGUGCAUGAGUCUCUAUCUCAUCCUGACCAUUGUGGUCACUGAGUGGAGAACCAAGUUUCGCCGUGCUAUGAACACACAGGAGAACGCCACCCGGGCGCGAGCAGUGGACUCUCUGCUAAACUUUGAAACAGUGAAAUACUACAAUGCUGAGAGUUAUGAAGUGGAGCGCUAUCAAGAGGCCAUCAUCAAAUAUCAGAGUUUGGAGUGGAAGUCAAGUGCUUCACUGGUUUUACUGAACCAGACCCAGAACUUGGUGAUUGGACUUGGGCUUCUCGCUGGCUCCCUGCUUUGUGCAUACUUUGUCAGUGAGAAAAAGCUACAGGUCGGGGACUUUGUGCUUUUUGGCACUUACAUCAUUCAACUGUACAUGCCUCUCAACUGGUUUGGCACCUACUACAGGAUGAUUCAGACCAACUUCAUUGACAUGGAGAACAUGUUUGACUUGCUGAAAGAGGAGACAGAAGUGAAGGACAUUCCUGGAGCAGGGCCCCUUCACUUUCAGAAAGGCCGGAUUGAGUUUGAAAAUGUGCACUUCGGCUAUGCUGAUGGGCGGGAGACUUUGCAGGAUGUUUCCUUCACAGUGAUGCCUGGACAGACUCUGGCCCUGGUGGGCCCAUCUGGGGCAGGAAAGAGCACAAUUUUGCGCUUGCUGUUUCGCUUCUAUGACAUAAACUCUGGCAGUAUCCGAAUAGAUGGGCAAGACAUCUCACAGGUGACCCAGAUCUCUCUCCGGUCUCACAUUGGAGUGGUGCCCCAGGACACUGUCCUCUUCAAUGAUACCAUUGCCAACAACAUCCGCUAUGGCCGUGUCACAGCUGACAACACUGAGGUAGAGGCUGCUGCUCAGGCUGCAGGCAUCCAUGAUGCUAUCAUGUCCUUCCCUGAAGGGUAUGAGACACAGGUGGGCGAGAGGGGACUGAAGCUAAGCGGCGGGGAGAAGCAGCGAGUAGCCAUUGCCCGCACAAUUCUCAAGGCUCCAGACAUCGUUCUGCUGGAUGAGGCGACAUCAGCGCUGGACACAUCUACUGAGCGGGCCAUCCAGGCUUCGCUGGCCAAAGUCUGCGCCAACCGCACCACCAUUGUGGUGGCACACAGGCUCUCAACUGUGGUUAAUGCUGACCAGAUUCUUGUCAUCAAGGAUGGCUGUAUCGUGGAGAGAGGACGGCAUGAGGCUCUGUUGUCUCGAGGUGGAGUGUACGCCAACAUGUGGCAGCUGCAACAGCAGGGACAGGAAGUUUCUGAAGACACCAAGCCCCAGACCAAGACACAGUGACAGAAGUUGUUGCCUCUUCCCUCCCAAAGACUAACUCAGGGGAAUAAGAUGUGUCCAUUUCCCUUGGCCUAUUUCAUCCUCCUCUAGGGGUUUGGUGCUAGCUGUGACAAGGGAAAGGGACCUUUCAGAAAAGCACUUUGGGGAAAUAAAAGUGGACUGUUCAAGGGUGA